AUGGAGGAGAACUCUGCUCCUUCUUCUCCAGCUUUGGAUCCAGCAAAAUUAAAGGCGCUUGCCAAGAAACUUCGUGAUAGAAAUCUUGUGCUCGAAGGAGAACUGCAAAAAAUGCAACAGGAAAAGGAAGCCAAAGAUAUGAAGCUUCAAGCAUUCGAAAAUAUGGUAAGUGAAAUAACAAACGAAAAAGAAGUACUUCAGCGUCAAUUGGCCACUUUAAAUGAGCAUUUGCAGAAAAAGAAUAGUCAAAUAUCAGAAGCAAAGACAUACAUUAAAAGAUUGGCAAUAGAAAACGAAAAACUAAAGCGUAAUAAUGAAAUGGAAGAGUUGAUUCUUGCUUUUGAUGAAGAUCGCAAAAAAUAUGAACGCGAAAUAGAAGUUUUACGCAAAAGAGCAGAUGGAGAUGGAAUAGUAGAUGAAUUAUUGCAAAACAUUACUAAAUUGGAGAAAGAAAAUGAAGAAAAAGACCAAAUCAUUCAACAAUACAAAGGAGGAAGUCUAUUUUCUGGAUUGAAAUCAUUCAUACAACAGUCAUCAGAUGAUGAUCCUACAGCAAAAUUUAAAUCAGAGAUUGCAAAUCUUAAAAAGGAAUUAUAUUUGCUAAAACGAAACAAAUCUACCGACUCCCCACAAGAGGAAGAAUUACAACAACCACCUACACCACAGGAGCAGCCAAAAGAGCCACAGCGAGAAGAAAAUCCGAAACCAAGUGAAAAUUCAAAAGGAUUCUUCUCGUCCUUGAAACUUCCAAAGGCAGAAGACCCAGAAAAGAACGCUCAUUUGCCAAAAAUGCUGCUCGGAGGUAAUGCAAGCAAUCUGAAACCAGAAUCAACAACUCGCCUGACAGAUGAGCUCUUCCCAGACUUUUCAACUGCAGGGAAAUCACCAGAACAACCAAAAUUCGGCGAUUUCUCCACUGCUUCGGAAAAAGAAAACAUUUCUCCGAAAUUUGAUGACUUUUCUGCAGCUACCGAAGAAACAAUGCUCAUAAGUCCGAUGCAAGAUAAGAAUAACUCAGAUCUGAUGCAGUUUACCCCUCAAAAAAGUAAAGAUGAAAACGAAAUUUUCUUUUUGUCACCUGAACCUUUAAAGAACGACAGCAGUGAGAAAAUACACGCAUUGGAAUCAGAAAUUCAAAAGCUCAAGCAAGAUAACAAGUCCCUGGAAGAAGCUCUCUCUUUGGUAAAUUCUACAAAAAGUGACAUAAAAGAAUUAGAGAAUGUCAUUGAGCAAUUACAAGGAGAGAUCGCUGAGAAAGAUCAGAAGAUCAAAGAACUAAGCAGUUCUAAGGAAAAUGACGAGAUUUUACAGGAAUUGGAAGUGCAAAUUCAGGAAAAAGAAAAUAUUUCGAAAUCUCUUCAGAAAAAGGCUGAAGAAAUCGAGAUGAAAGAGAAAGAGAACAAGGAGCUAGAACAGGUCAUCGAUUCCCUGAAGACAGAAAUAGAUUCCUUAACAAAAGAAAAUGAAAAAUUAAACAAAGCCUGCGAAAGAGCCUCAGAUGCGGCAACAAACUUAUCAAAGGAAAGAGACAUGAUUGUUGAUGAGAUGAACAAAGAUAUCAAUGAAAAAGAGGAAGAAAUUCAAAAUAAUUUGUCAAAAAUUAAAGAAUUGGAGCAGAAAAUCAAAGAUAUAGAGACAGAUAAAGAUUUAACCCAAAACAACAAAUCAGAAGAGAUAAUUAAUGAACUACAAAACAAAAUCCAAAAUAAUUUGUCAAAAAUUAGAAAACUGGAGCAGAAAAUCAAAGAAUUAGAAGAAGCAAACGCACAACUAUCAAACAACAAAUCAGAAGAGAUAAUUAAUGAACUUCAAAACGAAAUACAAAAUAAUUUGUCAAAAAUUAGAGAACUGGAGCAGAAAAUCAAGGAAUUAGAGAGCACACAACUAUCAAACAACAAAUCAGAUGAAACAAUCAAUCAGCUGGAAGUAGAAAUCGCCAAAAACAAGGAAACAAUCGAGAAAAUUAAUAAAGAAAACAAUUAUUUACACAAAAAGGUCGAAGAAACAGAAAAACAGAUCAAUUUGCUAGAAACAGACAAGAAUAAGCUACAGAACAUGGUGAAUGAACUGGAAACAUCAAAAUCAGAUUUAGAAGCCAAAAUUUCGGAAAAUUCAAAUGAAGAUAAGCAACAAAUUGAAAAAUUAGAGGAAUCAAUUAAAGAAAUCAAAUCAGAAAGCGAGAGACAGCUCUCAGAGUUAAGAAACAAGCUGAAUGAAGUUGAAUUUGAGAAGAAUCAAAUUGCAAGUUCUUUAUCUGUUGAAAAAGAAACAGUCAAAAAUCUGGAGGAGCAGCUAUCAACUGCACAGAGCGAAGAAUUGGAAAAUGCCAACAAAGAACUGAAUGAAAAGAUCAAGCAGAUUUCAGACGACUUCAGCAACAAAUCGUCUGAAUUUGAGAAAGAGAAGUCUGACCUCCAAAAAAUUUUGGAAAAAUUCAAAAAAGAAAAUUCAGAACUACACUCAAAGCUCGAUUUCUCCGAAGAUUCGAUCGAAAAAAUCAAAUCCCAGUCAGAACUAAAACUAACCCAGUCCGAGAAAGACAAUUCCGAGCUGAGGAAGAAGCUGUCACAGCUGCAGAGAGAAAUGAAUGAUUCCCUGUCAAAACUAAAUUCAGAAAAAUCUGAUUUGGAGAGGAAACUCGAAGAAAUCAGCGCAGACCUCUCCCAGAAGGAAGGAAUGCUGAAAAAGGCAAUGGACAGCCUCAAAAAGAUGAAAUCCAAGCUUGACAAACUCGAAGAAGAGAAGUCAUCGCUGGAAAACCAGAUGAAAGUGGACUCGGAGAAGGCAGAAACAGACAGAAAAUCCGAAAUCGCCAAAAUCAAUGAAGAUUUCGAAAUAAAAUUUGAUAAACUCAAAAAACAGCUGGAAGAGGCAAACAACUCACUCGAGAAGAAAGAGAAUGAGCUAGAGGAAGCAAAGAAAGCUCUUUUGCGCAAUGAUACAGAGCAAAAGGCGGAAUUUGCAAAGUUAUCUAAAAUGUCAGAAAUUGCACACGAAGAGAACGCGAGAAUUGCCAAAGAGAAGGCGCUUCUGACCAAAGAAAACGAGUCUCUAAAGAAGGAAAACGAAAAGCAAAAAGAAGAUUAUUCAAAUUUGAGAGAAAAAUAUUCCGAAUUAGAGAAAGAAGUGAAAGAUCUGGCAUCAGAAAUAGACACUCUGAAGAAAGAGAAGCAGAAUAUUGAGACAAAACUAGAAAAUGAAUUGAAAAAAUCUAAUGAAAUGUCACAGAUGCUUCAAAUCGCAGAUUCGCAGAAAGAACAGAGCGCAAAUAUGCAGAGACAGAUAGAUGCCCUAAAAGAAAGCCUCAACUCCACUGAAAAACAGAAUUCAGAAUUGAUUUCUUCAGUUUCGGCUCUUUCUGAAGAAAACAGCAAACUAAAGAACACAAUUGAGGCAGCAAAGAAGAAAGUCAAUGCAGAAAUAAAGAAAAAUUCCGAUUUCCAGUCAAAAAUAGAAGAAUUACAAAAUUCAAUAGAAAAUCUUAAUUCAGAGAAGAUUUCGCAGGCUGAAAAAGCAGAAUCUUCCAUCAAAUCACUCCAAAACGAAAUCUCAUCUCUCAAACUAAAGAUUUCCGAAGAUGAUGAAAAAUUAUCAUCGUUUGAAUCGUCUUUGUCGCAGGUUACGGCAGAAAAGGAAGAAAUACAGAAGAGUCUUAAUGAAGAAAUAGCAAAGAUGGCGGAAAUUUCUUCAGAAAAAGAGAAAAUUUCGGUUCAAUUACAGAACAUUCAGAAAGAGAACGAACAGAAGUCACAAGAAGCCAUCAAAUCAUCAGAACUAACCAAGAGAAUCGAAGAACUCGAAUCCUCCCUUAGAAAAGAAAUCAUGGAAAAUAAUAAUUUGAGACAAGUUCAUAAUGAUGUAUCGAAUGCGGAGGAUAACAAGCACUUACAAGAUGAGAACGAAAAGCUGAGGAAAGAGAUUGAAGAAUCGAAAGAAAAUUUCGAAAUUGCGAAGAAACAGUUUAUUGAAGAAGAAUCAGCGAAAAUCGAGCAAAACAUAAAGAGGAAAUUUGAAGCAUCAAAGAACAGCCUAUCAAAGAAGGUUGAAUCCCUCGAAGAAGAGAAUAGAAACCUUCAAAAGAGUAUAUCGGAUUCAGAAAAAGUGACACGAAACCUUUCUGCAAAAGUUUCAGAAUUUGAUCAAAUUAAUCGCCAAAAUAGCGAACUGAAGCAACAACUCUCUCAUUUUACUAAGCGCCAUAACGAUCUAAUCGCAGAAAGAGAGAUUACUCAAGAAGAAUGUCUCAGAUCCCAGCAUCAGGCCGAAAUUCUGACGAAGAAGGUCAGCGAACUCGAGGCCAAGCUCGAAAAACUCCAGUCUGAAGCGGAUCCAAGCUCCAACUCUCGAAAUUCAACAAAAUCGAUCGAUCCAAAUUAUUUGAAGACCAUUUUAAUACAGUUUUUCUCACAAGAUGAAAACACAAAGGACUCUUUGAUUCCUGUAAUCUUAAAAGUGGCAGGCUGCGACGAUUUUGAAGUUCAAUCGGCUGUCAAAAAUUGGUCGCAACGAAAAUCAAAGCUGCCAUUUAGGUUGUUCGGAUAG